CCAUUAAUUUCUACAUAUACCUUUUCAGAUGUGCCUGCACAUUCACAGAUCUCACUGCACUUGCAAAUUGCUAAAACUACCUAGUUUUGUCUGUCGAAACAACUUGCAAAUGAUGUUGUCACUUGGUGGAUUUCAUGCCACCACCACCAAAUCCACAAACAAGACAGUGUCUGAUGGAGUUGGCACAAGCCAAGUGUGGUAUAUAUAGUGUAUGUUUUGGUGAAAUGGAAGUUAUCACUAUACUGGCAUGUGUGUUUCCAGUGAAGAGCACUGAUACUUGAUGCUAAGAGAAAUCAUGUUAAGCUUAAAAUCAGUGAGUUUGUGUUGGACUAUUGCUGUAUGCCUUAGUUCUAUGAAAGAAACAAAUAGCUGAAUCAGUUUCUUGUCAUGUUUGGCUAAUAAAGCUGAUUAUGAACUCGAGGAAGCUACGAGUUCAAACACAUGGAUGCUUCACAAACCUCUUCAACCCUGUACCACGGAACAUUUGUAUAAUCAGCACAGGUUCAAUGUGGACGCCCGAGAUUAGCAUCACUAGUUCGGUAUCCAAAUAGUAACCAAACAUGAGACAUGGUCACUUAACAAAUUUUUAUCAGUUCAUGCUUGAGUCCUCGUGCAUAUAAUGAAAUUCUCUCAAUAUUGCAUUCGCAAGAACAAAAACCCCAAAAACUUAAUAGCCCCGGCCAUGAAGGCAGAUUUUCACUUGAAUCAGUGAUAUAUGUUGUCUUCAUCAUGAAUAAUUUAGUCCUUUAACACUGCAUAUAAUAAGUCACUCUCUGAGCUGUUUGAACUGUGUGAAGUUCAAGUUUUGACAUUUUGCGAGACAUAUCACCCCUGAAAACUAGCAAACCUCAAGCUUGAGGUCUCUUUUAUCUUAUGAACCAACACCCACUCUAACUUCUGGGUUUUCCCUGUAAGGCUUUCGAAGUUAGAAGUGGAAAACAACUAGUGAAAGGAAAUUAUUAAAUCUAGAGUAUUUUGAAAAAGUCUCACUCUCAGCUUGUUUCUCUUCUCAACACAGUCGGCACUCGGAUCUCUGAGGGACUAUAAACAUGAGGGAAAUAGCUAAACAAGAAAAGAUAUGAGCUGAUUUUUUUCAAGAUUUGUGCCUUGAUAAGAAAACCCUGACGGCAUUACAGAGACCCACUGACGACAUUUCUGAGCUACAAUGACUGGGCUGUCUGUACUUUUGUAAUUCUUAUCAGCUUGCACUUGAAAAUCUGCUGCAUCAUGCUGUGUGGGUUCUGAGAGAAUAAGCUGAGAUGAAUCUCCACUCCCCACUUUGGAGAGUCAUCAUUAUUAUACUUCUCAAUUUUUCCAACAAGCGUGGUCCUCUGCUCCCUGGUGGGUGCCAGCGUUUCGUUGGCUGUGGCUCCCUCACAGUAGAACCAGCCCCACUCUUCCUCUUGGGCUCCAACCUAACACUGCACUGCCACAUCGCCAAAUGUCAGCAGAGGUCCAAAAUAUCCCUGGAGCUGAAUGGUGAAACCUUGGCUCCUUGGGGGAAAGUCAACUCCACUACGGUCAUAUUUAAUUUGUUCAAUGUCUGGAUGCCGCUGUCCAUAGUGCGCUGCAAGCUGCAGGGUGAUUCGUGGGCUGAGAUUGUUGGUGGACUGGACCUACAGGGUGGUCUCCCUCCAGAUAAACCUAAAAAUAUUAUCUGUGAGACAUCAAGAAGUUCGGAUUUUAUUGAGUGUGCGUGGGAGAGAGGACAAGAAACACAUCUCAAAACUGCCUAUAACAUUUCAGUCAGCAGAGCAAAUGGAACUCAGGUCCUGUUAGAUCACAUCGAGGAUGCUGAAGAAAUCACCCUUCCACGAGCAAUGAUAGAUGAAGACACUCAGUAUCAGUUGAUUAUCACAGCUUACAACCACUUUGGAGCAUCAAGGUCUGAUCCAGUCAUUAUCUGUGUAAAGGAAAUCGUUAUACCAGAGACACCUCAUAUUAUGCAGAUGGAGUCCGUGAAUAAGUCCAUAGCAGUCUUGCUGCAUUGGAAAAUCACUGAAUCCUCAGAGCAUCUCAGUUCCUGUAUCAGGCUCCGCACAGAUAAUGGCCCCUGGAAAACAGGAAAGUUAACAGAGCUCAGACAGGGUCUGAUUCAAGUGGAAGGCUUGAAGCCUCUGACUUACUAUGAGUUCCAGAUGAGAACAUGUAACCCAACAUCAGGACAGACCCCUACCUGCACUCCCAGCUUCACAAGCAACAGGUCAGUCUGCAGCAAAUGGAGUCCAUCUGUGAGGGGGAGAAGCCCAGGAAAAGCUCCGUCUGAGGAGUUGCAUGUGUGGACGAUGUUGGGCAGCCAAGGAGCAAAUAGGAAGCAGAUGGUGACAGCUUUGUGGAAGCCUCCACCUCCAGAAGAUUACAGCGGCGAGGUGCAACAUUACCAGAUCACUAUUGGUAAUGAGCGGAAACUGGAAGUGGCCUGUCAUCCUGCUUUGAACCAGUGUUCAUUUCAGGUUCCAGCAGAGGUCCAGGCCCUGAGCAUCAGGGCUGUCACUUUGUAUGGGGCGUCCCCACCAGCGAAUGUGCCUCUCACACACUCUGGUGAUUUUGGGCCUGUUUUGAGAGAGCUGGUUCCUUCAGCUAAUGGCAGUGCUGUGUUGGUCGCCUGGUCAUGGCUGUCGAACAAACACUGGUCAGCACCUGGAGGAGAGCUGCUGCACUACGUGUUACAAUGGACAACUGUACCUGAGGCAGAACUGCAGUGGCAAAAACUGCCUAAACAUCAAAACAGCACAUCCAUCAUAGGCCUGACUGCAGGCGUGAGAUACAACAUUUCUCUGUAUGCUGUGACGACCAGAGGUGUGAGUGCUCCAUCUUCUGGCCUGAUCUACUCCAAAGAGCAGAAGCCAGUGUCUGGUCCCAGCCUGUCAGUACUGCUCCAUGAGGAAAGACAGAUUUACAUCCAGUGGGAUGAGCUGCCUGUAAACCAGCAGAGAGGCUUCAUCACAAAUUACACCAUUUAUGUCCAGACGCUGAACUCCAGAAACACUAAACCCAGCGUGAUGGUGUCUGGCUCUGAUGCCAGACAGAAGUGGCUGGACUGUCAUGGAGGAGCUCUGGCUCUGCAGGUGAGCGCGUCCACCUCAGCGGGAGAAGGACCUCGGGGGAACUGGAUCUUCUCUCAGCCUAAACCCCCUGCAGUUGGCCUGGAGAUUGUGAUUGUUUUCAUCAUUAUCUUCCUUAUAGUGAUCAUAACCAACCUGAUGUUCUGCAGUUGUGUUAGGGAAAGGAUCAAACGGAAAUGUACGACCUGGAGACCUGCCUGGUUUCACAAUAACUUGCCAAAACUAGACAACAGUGUUGCUAUCAGACUACUGGAGCAGGACAGAAGUGAACUAGCCUUCUCGUCCUCCUACAGUGACCCUCCGCUGUCCCCCAUCAGUUUGAUCUCGCAGGAGGACGGUUAUGACGUGUACCCCAACAUGCACUUUGAAAUAUGCCAAGCUGCAUCAGGACAGUCCCCGGUGGAGACACCUUUCCCUAUGUCAGAUCCUGGGACAGUGCUUGCCGACAGCCCUAUGGAACAUGUCAGCUACAAACCCCAGAUUGCUAUGUUAGCUCCAGACAUAGAGGACAUGAUGGACACAGAAGAAGAGGAGAGGGAUGUGCCAACUACUGUGGAGGAAGACAGAUGUUCAAGUGUAUUUGAAGGAUUACUGGAAGGCUUUCUGUCCAACGUGGAGGUGAACCUCUCUGGUUCACCUCUGAGGCUGACUCUCGGCUCUGUUUGCACCCCUUUGUGGCCUGAAACUCCUGAAAGAACAAGGGUCUCGAAUGGAGGUGUCUUACUGGGAAGGAAGGACACUGAGAACAAUGUGGAAGCCGACUCUCCCUCUCUGGAUCCACAGCAGGGUGAAACAAUGCCUCGUGAUACAGCAGACACAGCUUGUUUGUCUCAGUAUACAGCUGAGGCAUUGCUGAGUGGUGGUUAUUUCCCUCAGGCAGCUGCUCUGUGAUACACAGAGGUAGCAGGGACAAAGGGGAUGAGACAAACUGCUCAAGCUGCACUACUAAACUGAUUUUCUACAAAGCAUUAUUCAAGCACUACUUGACCUCAGUGACUGUGUAAUAAGAGAAAACCAUACUUCAGAUGAUCUGUAACCAUCAGGUCUGUAAAAACCAAGUUAAUAAAUGGAUAAGAUAUGUUUAUAUUGAGUUUGAUUGAAUAUGUGUCAGUCAGUCAGUUCAUCACUUUGGUCCAGACUGAAAUAUCUCAGCAACUACUGCAUGUGGAUUGUGAUAAAACUUUGUACAGACAUUCAUCAUCCCCAGAGGGUGAAUCAUACUGACUUUGGUGAUGCCCUGACUUUUCCUCAACCACCAUCAUCAGAUUAAGAUCGUCAGAUUAAGAUAAUCCGAUUAAGAUCAAAUUCUAAUUUGUCCAAAACUUUGACCGAAUACCUUCAACCUGAGUGUGAAAUUCUUCCAACACACACGCAGACAAAAAUCAGUUUGGGGUUUCCGUGGUACAGAUA